AUGGUGCAAACUCAAACUGCGCCCUUCGGGCACUGGAAGAGCCCACUAACCGCCGAGGGUUUAGCGACAAACAGCAUCAUGCUCAACGAAGUUGCCGUUAAUGAAUCCACUGGGGCAAUAUAUUCCGUCGAGUGCCGUCCGGUCGAAGACGGCCGUGCGGCGAUAGUUGAACACAGGCAAAACGGCCAAAGCAAAGAUGUCCUCCCAAAAGAUCUCAGUGCCUUCGCAACUGUCCAAGAGAUGGGAGGUGGAUCGAUCGCUAUGAGACCGGAUGGGAAACUGCUGUUAUCCGAUGAGAAAUCAUGCAAUAUCUAUCUGCUGGAUCCAGAGUCAUCUCAAGCCACGCUGGUUCGACCAGCCGAGAAGGGAAUCCGCUAUGCUGAUUUCUCAACGCAUCCAACGAAUCCGCGAUGGGUUAUUGCCAUCAAGGAAGACCAUCGCGAGGCCACCCCAGAAACUCAGGCUACCCACGUGCACAACACGCUGGUAGCGAUUGACCUUGAACUUGAUCCCCAGGACCCUAACAAGGAAAUUACCAUUGCCCGCGGCGAUGAUUUUUACUCUCAUCCCAAGUUUGACCCGUCUGGGAGGUACGUGUCCUGGAUCCAAUGGACCCAUCCGGACAUGCCUUGGACUGGCACUGUGCUGCAUGUAGCUGAAUGGCAAGAGGGUUCUCUAGUCAAUGUGACUCGAAUCGCUGGCAAGGCGCAGGAGGAGAGCAUUGCUCAACCGAAGUGGGGAUUGGAUGGAAAGCUCUUUUUCGCAAGCGACAAGACUGGAUUCUGGCAAUUGUAUUCAUAUGAUCCGGCAAACUCUCAAACUCGAGUCUUCAAAUUCCAUGGACUGGAGCAUUCGGACUUUGCGAUUGCAGAGUGGCACGUUGGAGAAUGCACAUUUGUCUCACUCGAUGACAAGACCAUCGUGGCAACUGUGAUCACCCAUGCCACUAGCAAGAUUGUUCUUGUCGACACCGCCGCUUGCUCAGCUCAAGAGCUGGACCUGCCUUACGUGGAUGUCGACUCGAUCACCCGCGUGUCAGCCACGAGUUUCGCAGUGGUUGGCUCAUCAAAGACUUCACCUCAGGAGCUGGCGCUUGUCACAUUCACUCCGUCUUUCGAGGUUACCAGAAAGAUUCUCACCUCCACUGCCUCAUUCGAGCUGGCCCCUGAAUUCGUUUCAAUCGCAGCCGAGUACACGGCCCCUCAAAAGUAUGGCCCACUCACCGACGGCGAGGUGUACAUGUUCUACUUUGCCCCUCGCAACCCCGACUACCAAGCCGAACAAGGUGCUCUUCCGCCUCUUCUGACUUACGUCCAUGGAGGUCCAAACGGAGCCGUCACACCGGCACUGUCUCUCGAUAUUCAAUACUGGACCACCCGUGGCUUUGCCGUGUGUGCUGUCAAUUACACUGGAUCUGUCGCCUUUGGCCGAGAGUAUAGAGAACGAUUGUCAGGCUACUGGGGCCUGGUCGAUGUUGGCGAUGCAGUCAGUGCAGUCGAAUUCCUCGCCGACAAGGGCCUCAUAGAUAGGACCCGGGUCGGAAUCUACGGCGGCAGUGCUGGAGGCUACUUGACUCUUCGAGCUCUCCACAUGUUUCCCGAGACAUGGGCGGCAGGCAUCAGCUCUUAUGGCAUCAGUGAUGUAAAGGCUCUGCAGGCUGACUCAUAUAAGUUUGAGAGUCAAGAUGUGGACCGCCUGCUACUGUGCAAAACUAAGCCUGAGGAUCGGGAGGCAGAGCUGAAAGAUCGCAGUCCGUGCUAUUUUGCAGAGCAGAUGAAGGCGCCGUUGUUGAUGUUGCAAGGAACGGAAGAUAUGAUUGUUCCGAUUGCUCAAGCAAGAAUGAUGGCCGAAGCUAUGCAUUCAAAGGGACGAGUGGCCGAAGUGGUUGAAUUUGAGGGUGAAGGCCAUGGAUGGCAUGGUAAAAAGGCGAUUUAUGAAUCUUAUACGCGAAAGGAAGAUUGGUGGAAGCAGUAUCUGACUUGA